CAUACACACAUACACAUACAUACAUACAUACAUACAUACAUACAUACACACAUACAUAUAUACUAGUCCAAGUACUGGUUCCACUGCUUUACUUGAAUAAAAGUAAAAUAAAAAUAAAAGUACACAUUGAAAUGUAAACAUUUCAAACAUGUAAGAAAAUGUCUUCCCCAAACCUGAUGAUGGAUGUUUGGUUCCACUAUCCGUCCCUUCAAAAGUGGGUACAUCAUUUUUUGAGAGGUUCUCUGUACAACUACUCACGACAUGCAGUCAAUUUAUCCUCCGAGUCCUCGCCCACAGGUUCCACUGGAUUGUUUUUUUAUUUAUUUUAUUGAUUAAUUUUUUAAAUUAUUAUUAUUUUUGAUUUUUUUUUUAAAUCCAAUGUAGUGCUGUAACCCCAAACGCAACAAAAAUGUUUGUCAUGGCUUUCUGCCACCGAAGUACCCUGGCGCCUAUUGUUUAUAAACAUGAUGAAAAGGUCUUUAUGAACUGCCUCAUUCAUCCCUUUUAAAAAUUGACAUUUGUGUACUUUUAAUUUAAUUAAUUACAUUAAUUAAUGGUUGAUUGAAGACUCUAAAUUGCUCUUAAGUGUGAAUGUGUGCGCGAAUGGUUGUUUGUUUCUAUGUGCCCUGCGAUUGGUACGCAAUUGAAAUUGUUUCUAUUUAUAUGUAUUUAAUUUUUCAUUUUUACCACGAUAACGCGAUAAAUAUUUACUUCAAUGCAAAAAAAAACCCCGUUGUGUCCAAUUAUUUUUUUUUUUUACAGUAGUUUCUACCAGAGACGUCGCUUCCGUGUCUACGGCGUCAUCAACGCGCGCCGCUGACUCUGUUGUGCUUGGCUCACCCACAUGCAAACUGAGCGACAAACGCGGUCAAUAAAAGUUGCCUAAAAGCACGCUGUGAUUCAUAUACUCGUUUAUCCAACCGUCGUCUCGCUUAGACACCGUAACCCGAGUUUGGGGAAUACAAGAUGUUUCAUGAGGAUGAAGACUGGAAUGACGCCGCUGACGUCCUCAGUCCAAGUGUUGUGAAAAAGAAGCCAAACAGCACCAAUGGGAAGUCCAAAAAUGUGGGAAGGAAGAGUCUGCUGCGUACGCUGCAGACGUUGGGAUCGAUGCCCGACCGGAAGGGUGACGGGCGGCGUCGGGCUGAGAGCGCCGCCGAAGCCGCCGCAGCGCACGCCCCGAAGAGGAAGAAGAAAAGAAAGCACAGAACAAAACAAGGGACGGCAGCAACAACAGGAGAGCAGGACAACACCUCGGUUGUCACAACUGCAACCAAGAAGCAGAAAGUGGAAAAGAAAAUCGGCGUCCCGAAGGGGAAAAAGGCACCUGCAGGCGAGACGGAGGGCGACGAUAUCUCGCAGAAGCCAGCCGGCGACGUCUCGCAGCUGAGCAGGCAGCAGUGGAAAAACAGAAUGAAGAACAAGAGGAGAUGCAAAAAUAAAUACUGCCAGGAUAAACCUGAAGAGGAACUCCAGAAGGCGGAUAAACCGCUUCCGACGACACAUUCAGACAUUAACAGUGGCAAACGGGUAGAAGUACGGAAUGAGGAAAUAUUGCCACAGAAAAGGAAAAAGACUGAAGAUGAUGACGUCAGCACGGGCACAUUACGGAUAAAAACAGCCAAGAAGGAAAGGAAAAAUGCAAUCGACGGCUCAAAACAGGAAGCGGGCGAUUCCCACGCCGAUCGGCAAAAAGCCGAGCUGAGUAAAGCCGAGAGGCUGAAACGCGAGCGCCUCCGGAAGCUUCUCCGGCGAGCGGGCCCCGAGGUCCCCAAAGAGGCGGAGGCCGUUUUGCAGGAGGCGGCGGAGGACCGCUCCACGUUGCUGCGUUGGCGCAUGGAGCGGCGGUUGGAGGCGGCCCGCUUCCGCUACAUCAACGAGCGGCUGUACAGCUGCACCGGCGGCGAGGCCCAGCGCAUGUUCCGCCAGGACCCGCGGGCCUUCCAAAUCUACCACAAGGGCUACACGGCGCAGGUGCGCCGCUGGCCCGUGCGCCCCGUGGACGCCGUCAUCGCCUACAUUCAAAAGAAACCUCACUCGCUGGUGGUGGCCGACUUCGGCUGCGGCGACUGCAAGAUCGCGCUCAGCGUCAAGAACAAGGUGCACAGCUUUGACCUGGUGGCGACCUGCGACCUGGUGACCGCCUGCAACAUGGCCAACGUCCCGCUGCCGGACGGGUCGGUGGACAUCGCCGUCUUCUGCCUCUCGCUGAUGGGAACCAACCUGGCGGAUUUCCUAGCCGAGGCCAACCGCGUCUUGAAAAGAGGGGGUGUGCUGAAAAUCGCCGAGGUAGCGAGCAGGUUCGACGACGUGAGGAACUUCCUCAAUGCGCUGGUCAAGCUGGGAUUCAAGAUGGUGUCAAAGGAUACGGACAACACUCAUUUCUACUCGUUCGAGUUCACCAAGACGGGCGACGCGCCGGCAAACUUGAAGAAGUUCGGCUUGCAGCUCAAGGCCUGCUUGUACAAGAAGAGAUGAGUUGGCGCUCAAGGGGACAUUUAAGUACACGUUUGUCAAAAGGAGGAGUUCAUUUGGGGAAAGUAUUGAAUAGAAUGUACAUUUAUCAACACGGCUUGUCUGUGUGAUUGAUUGUAUUUGCUCAUUUUCAAGUGUGACAGCGAUGUCUUUUAAGACAUUGUUUUAGCUUUACAAAAAAAAAAAGUAGGAAUUGCAAUUCAUAUUUUAUGGGCAAUGUAAAAAAGUUAUAGAAGCAUGAAAUUACGGUCAACAUUUUAUUAUACUAUCAGAAUGAAGUCUCUUUUUUUUUUUUUUUUUUUUAGAGAAAUGGUAUCUCACAAGAAUAGUCAUAUUACGAGAUCCAAGUCAGAAUUUUAUCCAAUGUCAUUUUUUGUUCAAGAAAAAAAAGGAUUAAUUGCAAUGUAAAAAUGUAUUUUCUUCGCCAAAACAAAUUGUAAUUUAAUAUUUUUAACUCGAAUGUCUCCACAAACCAUGCACAGUUGCAUACGCAGACCUUAGAUAUUACUUUGUGUUCAUAGGUUUAUGUGCGCCCCGCGAUUGGCUGGCGAGCAGUUGAGAUUGAUUUGAUUGCUGCGCUUGUCAACGUUUGCCUCAAGGGGGCGCUCGAACACGGGUGCGCUGCAGCCUGCAGAAAAACGACAUCCGGUGCUACCUUGACUAACAAGUUGAGUGGCUUACGUGGCCAUGCUCGCGACUCAAAUCACGUGUAUCCGAGUUGGGGGCAGGUUUAGGGUUAUUGUUAAGGGCGAGAGUUAUUUUUAGGCUAGGUUAGGGUUUGUGCUUGAGUUAGUUUAGGUUCAGGACGCUUUUGCAUUUGCUUCGGCUGGAGCAAAAUUCCAAAUAAAACAAACAAACAAAUUCUGACAAGUACAAUUGACCAAAAGUUACUUCAAAGGGAGAUUUUUCAGUUUGAAAACCACUAGCAAGAUUUGAAUGUAGCCACAUUUGACUAAUCGACUAAUCUGACCAAAGAUCACGAGUGCGAUUCUCAAACAUGGCCAUGCGAUUACAAAAGUGCAUAGUCGUGAUAAAUAGUCACGGAGAAUGCUGUCCACUUUCAACAAAAUAGCAGUGCUAGCGAUACAAAGCUAGCAUUAGCACUGUGAACAAGCUGACGUUAGCCCCGGCCGCUACGUUAGUAGCGUGACAUAUUCAUAAUGGAGUGUAACUAACACUCAAUGUUACUGCUUUGAAGUAGUAUUUUUUAUUUUUUUUUAAAAUGUGCAAUCAGUUUGUUUUUGUUUUUUUAAAAUUGAUUGUAGAUUUCAAGAAAUACAAUUUCAAACAAAUCAAAAGUGGUGGAUUUUCGGCCAUAGUUUCAGCAAAGCUCCCGAAGCCCUGUGCGUGUGCCGCCGGGGACAGGCUAUGAGGGUGCCCGGCGUAGAGGUUUCUUUAAAAAAAAAAAAUAAUAAUAAUAAUAAAUGCUAACUUCCCUUUAACAAUGUACAAGUAAAAGGUAUGUAGCAUGAAAAUUACUCUGAGACAUGCAACAAAGUAAAUGUGUGUUACUACACACCGCUGGCCCUAAUGGUACCCUAACCUACGCUAACACAAAUGCUAACUAUACUUAAACUCGCUCUACCCAAACCCCAGGUUUUGAAUUUGAAAUUAUUCCAUUGGGAAUAGAUUUAGGCACAUUAAAAAAAAAAAACUGUUUUUUUUUACCUGUUUUCUUGAAUGACAUGGAAUGCUUUGUUUGCCAGUGGAGUUUUGACCACCCAGAAGUACUUUACGUGUGAGGCCACGGCGGAAAGGUCAAAUCAAGCCGGCGACAUCGCGUCCCCCCCAAACAUGGCCGCCGACCUCCGCCAGCGUGCAAAGCCAAAGAAAUGUCAGAGCCCGCCCGAGACCGCCCUUGCGCUCUGUUCCUGCUCGCUACGCAUCUCUGCUUCCCCAGCAAAUUAAGCGAGCGAAAGCAAAAACACAGCCGGCGGCGGGCGGCCCGACGUUCUCAUAGCGCAGCCGCCCCGCACCGCUGAGGUUUGGGGUUCCAGUUUGCGCGUUAGCCAGAGUACCCGGAGAAAACCCACGCAAACACGGGGACCCGGCUUCCUCCCUCCUCUGUCUCGCAAGUCGGAUGCUGCCUGACACAUAUUACGCGAGGUUGAAAUACGGUUGAGUCACAGAAAAUGUUUUUUUUGUUUUUGUUUUUUGUUUGACAUCGUCAUGACAACACUAUAACUCCAAAUGACAAGACCUUCUGGUUCUGUCCGCGACAUGUCUCCCCGCUCGUGGAACGUCAUCAAACAAACAAAACCAGGGGGAAAAAAAGACAAAAAAAUCUUUGGCCCAGUGAGAUGUGUUCUGCGCGUUGACUGGCAGGAGUCAUCACGCUCCAAAGCGCUGGCUGCUCCCAUGACGCCUUGCAGGAGGCACCCGAGCACGUCCAGAAAUGCGGGGAAAGAUGACUCAGACUGCAGACAAAUGCUAGCGCUGCAAUCCCUCCGUUAUUCGCGGGCAGAAAGAGCGCUAAUUUCCCAAAGUUGCGUUAAUGGCUCUGCCUCGGUCAAACGACGUGCAAGAGCUGGUUGACGAGUGGUGCCGUCGGAACGUGAAAACCGCCGAAGCGGAACGAAGCGGAACGCUGCGAUUGGUGCUGUUAGCGUGGCGCUAAUGCACGCGCGCUGCCAUUAGCACAAGUUGUUACACAUUGCCCCGUGAUGGAUGAUUGACCACCGGUGAGGAGAGGAGGCGCUCACCACUGAGGUCGGCAGGCGACUUAUCGCCACGAGCGCAUGAUUUCAGAUGGUCCUUAUUGACGGGACCCAAAACAAUUUGAAAUCGGCCGGGGGACACGCUAAACUGCUCUGUGUACGCCGUUUUUAACCGAAAACUAAAAUGAUUUUGCAGCCUGGGGAAAAAAAAAAAAAUCUCAUAUUUCAAUAUGAGUCAAGGG